AUGUAUGAUAAACUAAAGAAUAAAAGGCAACAGGACUUCAUCAUAUUAUUCCUGAAUGGUGACUCGACAGAAGCAGUAAACAAGACAGAGUGCUACCUAAUCAGCCACGGCCUUCUUAUACUCCCCAACUUCCUUAUAGCACGAUGCUCGACAGGUCAAAACCUCUGUCGUGCCAUCAUCAUCACUGGCCUUCUCAAGCAGAAUAACAGCCCAAGACAACCAUUUAAUAGCAUCUGCAAACUGCCCCUGCUUCCGAGGCCGAAACACCGACAGGUGGCGGUGGAAGGCCCUCAAGUUCGGUCGUUGUAUCAUUUCCCCCAACAAACUCCGAAUUCACUCCCCAGUCAUCAUCCCCCGAGACCUGCUUGGCUGCAAACCCUUCAUUUGAAGAGAAAAAAAACCCAAAAUCACCAAGUGGAUCACUGUCACUCGCUGGAAAAGACUGAAAUGAAGAUCCACUGGCUUUCGAAGUGGUGCUUUGAAAAUCCCCAAAAGAAUCGAUCACUCUUGGUGCUAGCUUUACUAGCUGAGCUCUUACCUGCAGAGGGUUUGGACCCGAAAUUAAGCAGGGAUCCAAAUGGGUCCUUAUUAGAACCCAUCCCCAUGCCUCCUAUUCCACUUCCCGUCAUAUUUUUCAUCGAUGAACCUCCAAUAUUCGCAUUACCAGAGCUUUUCAGAGGGGCAUUGUUGCUACUCUUGUUCUGGCCAAUUGCUGAGCUAAGCAGAUCUCCAAACAGAUUAGGGUUAUUAUUGUUCACAAUCCCUAUACCCGACGCGCUCGAGCUCGAUGACGCAGAGGAGUUCCAGCUCUUCCCGAAAAUAUCCCCCACCAUGGAUGUCGGCCCGGAUAAGGAUCCCAGCCCGGUCGAUUGGAUCGGGGCUGGAGGCUGA